UCGAUCACACAACAUUGCAAAAACGUCAGAGGAUUUUAAGCUUGGACAGCAAGGUACACUUUGGGGAGAUAUGGCACAAGAGGAACCCCAUAAGCAGCACGUUUCAGAGCUGCGAGUGGUUGUGCUUGGUGCCAAUCGGUCUGGCAAAACGUCUCUGAUCAACAGAAUUCUUGGUGCUGGUGACAAUUCACCCAGACGCCUUCAGACGAGACAAGGUGAGGUCCAAGGGAGGAGAGUGGUGAUGGUCGACACCGUUGGAUGGUGGAGGAACUUCCGGUUGGUUGACACGGCGGAGUUCAUCAAACAGAAGCUGCAGCUGAGCGCGUCCAUGUGUCCACCGGGACCCCACGCCUUCCUCUUGACCGUCAUGACAGACAUACCUUUCGAUUAUGACAAUAGGAGAGCCAUAGAGGAACACCUGAGUCUCUUUGGUGAAAACAUCUGGCAGCACGCCGUAGUAGUGUUCACCAGAGGGGGAACUCUGGAGGGCAAAACCGUAGAGGAACACAUUGAGAGUGAGGGGGAGGCUCUGAAGUGGCUGGUGGAGAAAUGUGGGAACAGAUAUCGUGUCUUUGAGACCAGAAAUAGUAAGGAUGACCAGAUUCCUGAACUGCUAGGACAGAUAGAUGCUUUGACGAGGGUUAAUGGUGGGGGACUUUUCCAACUUGAUGAGAGGACACAACUGAAGGUUCAAGACAAGACAAGAUCAGUGAAGGAGAAAGCAGCAGACAGAUGUGUGAUUAAACAAAGCAAAACACUGAGAGAAGGGAAGGGUAUGCCAUCAUCAGAAAUAGCAAUCCUUGUACUAGGGUGGGUGAACUCCAAGAAAACAUCCGCAAUUAAUUUAAUUUUGAAUAGAGAAGAAGAGCGUUUUACUAAGAGGACUAAGUCAGCGGAGAUGCUUAGCGGAGAGGUGGAAGGACUUAAGCUCUCUGUUGUUGACACCCCUGGCUGGUGGAAGUUCUUCCCUGCCGAGUGUAAACCUGACUGGGUGAAGACAGAGCUCCAGAGAAGUCUGACAGUCGGCUCCAAUGCUCCCCAUGCUGUACUACUUGCAGUUCCAGCAGACAAUACAUUCUUAGAGGAACAGAGGAAGAUCACGGAGGACAACAUGAGGAUGAUGUUUGGAGAGCAGGUUUGGAGACAUACCAUAGUACUGUUCACAUGCGGGGACCUGUUGGGAGACACCAGCAUAGAGGAGCAUAUCGAAAGUGAAGGAGAACCCCUGAAGUGGGUCGUGGAGAAGUGUGGGAAUCGAUACCACGUCUUUGACAAUGUCAACACAGAAGACAGAUCUCAGGUGAGGGACUUGCUGGAGAUUAUCAAAGAGAUCGAAGAACCAAAUGAAAUCUUAGCCAUGGACCAGACCCUGGAGGAGUCAGAGAUGGAAAAUAAACUUGCAAAAUUAAUGAAUGACUUGUGGGAAGAGGAAAACAAACAGAUGGAAGCUAAUGUAGAAGUAUCAAGUAAACAUCUGGCAAUUACCUUUGCACGAGAGACCCAUGAGGACAAAUCUCAAGAUCCAGUGGACGAGAGUUACCUGAACCUGCCACAAGAACUGAGGGAGACCUUUGAGCAGGAGUGUAGGAGGCAAAAAAGUGUUGUCAUGGAGAGAUUUUGGAAUGUUUACUUCAAAGAAAACCCUGUAGAUGUUGAUGACUCCAGAAAUGAAAAACAAAAACAAGCAGUAGACAAGGUGACCUGGUGGACGGAACACUGGACAAGAGAAUGGUGUAGGCAGCAGGUGAAUCUCAUGCAAAAAUCAGUAGGUGGAGAUUUUGAAUGCUGCGGACAUGAAGGGCAGCUGUAUAGUCAAGAAUUGGGUGAAGACGACAUGACUAGACGUGGCUCCUCUGGUCAUGGAUCUUACACAGAUGAGGACUCUAAUGUGUAG